AAAGAAGAAAAAAAAAACCAGAUCUCUUUUUCUCCCCCAAAACCCCCCAGAAUAUCCUCCUCUCUCUUUCUCGAUCUGAUGCGAGAUCGAGAAAUCGAGGGAGAGAUCAAACGAGAGGAGAAAAAGCCAAGAACGGCAUCCUCAAUGCCUCAUCUCACCGAUCCCGACUCCGACUCCGACUCCUCCUUGUUUUCAGUCGAAGAGAUCGUGCAAUGUCCGUUGCCAGGCUACGUGGCGCCCUCUGGCAUCAGCUUCAGCCCUGAUGAUCGAAUCGUCACUUACCUCUUCAGCCCUGAUUCUAGUCUUUAUCGGAAAGUUUUCGCCUUUGACACCGGCCGCGGUCGGCAUGAGUUGGUUUUCGCGCCGCCGGGAGGGAGUGGGCUCGAUGAGAGUAAUUUGUCGGCGGAGGAGAAGUUGAGGAGGGAGAGGUCGAGGGAGAGGGGGUUGGGGGUGACGAGGUACGAGUGGAGGGCGAGGGCGAACGGAAAGCCGGAGAUCAUGGUGCCGUUGCCUUCCGGGGUUUAUUUCCAGGGUAUUUCUGGUUCUUCUGAACCAGAGUUGAAGUUGGAGAGCACUGUGGAUUCUCCUAUUAUUGACCCUCAUCUGUCACCAGAUGGAGAUAUGAUUGCUUAUGUGAAGGAUGAUGAGCUGCAUGUUUUAGAUUUGUCAAGUGAAGAGUCAAAACAGUUAACAGUUGGCGCAAGAGGAAAUAGGAAGACUCAUGGCCUUGCUGAAUAUAUUGCACAGGAGGAGAUGGAUAGAAAAACUGGGUUCUGGUGGUCACCUGAUAGCAACUAUAUUGCGUUUACUGAAGUUGAUUCCUCUGCAAUACCGCUUUUUAGAAUUAUGCAUCAGGGUAAAAGUUUUGUUGGUUCAGAUGCACAGGAAGACCACGCAUACCCCUUCGCAGGAGCAGCAAAUGUCAAAGUUCAGCUGGGAGUUGUUUCUUGUUAUGGUGGGGAAGUCACUUGGAUGGAUCUUGUUUGUGGAGGGAAGUAUCACGACAGUGGCGAUCAAGAAUACUUGGCGAGAGUUAAUUGGAUGCCUGAUAACACUCUUAUGGUUCAGGUUCUCAAUCGAGGCCAAUCCAGAUUGAAGAUUCUCAAGUUUGAUAUUAGGACUGGCCAAAAGGAAGUUGUGCUUGUCGAAGAACGGGAUGUGUGGAUCACCUUGCAUGAUUGCUUCACACCUUUAGAUAAGGGAGCAAAUAGAUUGAGCGGUGGCUUUCUUUGGGCUAGUGAAAAAACCGGUUUCAGACAUCUUUAUCUUCAUGACAAGGAUGGAACUUGCUUGGGACCUAUAACACAAGGCGAUUGGAUGGUCGAACAAGUUGCAGGAGUAAAUGAGAAUGCAGGGCUUGUUUAUUUCACGGCUACGAUGGAUUCACCUCUCGAAGCUAACCUCUAUUGCACGAACCUCUAUCCAGAUUGGAACCAUCCAUUGCAGCAACCUCGAAGGUUGACUCAUGGCCAAGGAAGACAUGCGGUUAUUCUUGAUCACCGUAUGCAAACAUUCGUUGAUGUUCAUGACAAUCUUACUCUUCCACCUACAGUGUGGCUUCGUUAUCUGCAUGACGGAAGCUAUAUAAAGCCUUUAUAUGAGCAGCCACUUACUAUUCCUCGAUUCAGGAAACUUCAGCUUUUGCAACCUGAUAUUGUCCAAAUACCAGCCAAGGAUGGAACAGUUCUAUAUGGCGCUUUAUACAAGCCUGAUGUGAAAAGGUUCGGACCACCUCCUUACAAAACAUUGAUCAGUGUCUAUGGUGGUCCAAGUGUACAGUUUGUAAGUGAUUCGUGGAUAAAUACAGUUGAUAUGAGGGCUCAGUACCUGAGAAACAAGGGAAUUUUAGUAUGGAAGCUAGAUAACAGAGGAACAGCAAGACGAGGACUAAAGUUUGAAGGUUCAUUAAAGCAUAACAUUGGCCGAGUAGAUGCAGAAGAUCAACUCACAGGUGCUGAGUACUUAAUCAAACAAGGUCUAGCUAAACCCGGUCACAUUGGCAUCUACGGUUGGAGCUAUGGGGGUUUUCUCUCGGCAAUGACCCUUGCAAGAUUUCCCAAUACUUUCAAAUGCGCAGUUGCUGGAGCUCCAGUUACAUCUUGGGAUGGCUAUGACACUUUCUACACAGAAAAAUACAUGGGCUUGCCUUCAGAGAACCCAGAAUGCUACGAGUAUGGUUCAGUGAUGCAUCACGUGCAUAAUAUGAUGGGAAAAUUAUUGAUUGUUCAUGGCAUGAUUGAUGAGAAUGUUCAUUUUAGGCACACUGCAAGGCUUGUUAAUGCUUUGAUUGCUGCCGGGAAGACUUACGAGCUGCUUAUGUUUCCAGAUGAGAGGCAUAUGCCUCGUCGGCUUAGGGAUCGGGUUUAUAUGGAAGAAAGGAUUUGGGAGUUUAUAGAGAGGAGCUUGUGAUGGAAGAAUAAGGGUCCUCUCACAACCACCUGCAUGCGAGUGGGAUGCGAGCGGGAGGUUCAGAGCCCCAAAGGAGGAGGGACAGUUACAAAAUUGUCCCCCUAUUUCCACCACUUGUGGCUCAGAACCGCCUGCGAGCAUGCAGGUGGUCCAGAAAGAACUUGAACUCAGUGAUGGAAGGGGUGAAAAUUUGAAUUUCCCCCCAUAUACAGUUACCUAUAUCUCUGUUAUUGUUCAUUAGUUUUUUUUAAUGCUAUUAUAUUAUGCUGGCGGAAAGAUUCAUGAUGCGUUUGUACAAGCUGCAGGAAGUUUUUAUUUAUUGCGUAAUAAAAGAAAUUAUUUGUUAUGUACGUUUGAUAUAGGCACGUUAUGUCAAGGAAUGGCCCCACAAAGUAUUUCUUGAAUAUCGAUUCAAUA